AGUUUACAGAAGGAUAUAAUCCUAGGAAAGGAAGAACCAGCAGACCAAGAUGUGUAGCUCUGUGGCUGCCAAGUUGUGGUUUUUGACAGACAGACGAAUCAGGGAAGAUUAUCCCCAAAAAGAGAUCUUACGUGCAUUAAAGGCCAAAUGUUGUGAGGAGGAACUGGACUUUCGAGCUGUGGUGAUAGAUGAACUGGUAUUGACAAUCGAACAAGGAAACUUGGGCCUGCGGAUCAAUGGAGAACUAAUUACUGCUUAUCCCCAAGUGGUGGUAGUAAGAGUACCAACCCCUUGGGUACAAAGUGACAGUGACAUCACUGUGUUGCGUCAUCUAGAAAAGAUGGGAUGCCGGUUGAUGAAUCGACCUCAAGCUAUCCUGAAUUGUGUUAACAAGUUUUGGACAUUUCAAGAAUUGGCUGGCCAUGGUGUUCCUCUACCAGAUACUUUCUCUUAUGGUGGUCACGAAAAUUUUGCCAAAAUGAUUGAUGAAGCAGAAGUACUGGAAUUCCCAAUGGUAGUGAAGAAUACACGAGGUCAUCGAGGAAAAGCUGUAUUCUUGGCUCGAGAUAAACACCAUUUAUCUGAUCUCAGCCAUCUCAUUCGUCAUGAAGCACCAUACCUAUUCCAGAAGUAUGUUAAAGAGUCUCAUGGCCGGGAUGUUCGUGUCAUUGUUGUGGGAGGCCGUGUGGUCGGCACAAUGUUACGCUGUUCAACAGAUGGGAGGAUGCAGAGCAACUGCUCAUUAGGUGGUGUGGGCAUGAUGUGCUCAUUGAGUGAACAAGGAAAGCAACUAGCUAUCCAGGUGUCAAACAUACUUGGAAUGGAUGUGUGUGGCAUAGACCUGCUGAUGAAAGAUGACGGCUCCUUCUGUGUCUGCGAGGCAAAUGCAAAUGUAGGUUUCAUCGCCUUUGAUAAGGCUUGUAAUCUAGAUGUAGCUGGUAUCAUAGCGGACUAUGCCGCCUCCCUUCUGCCCUCUGGCCGGCUCACCCGGCGUAUGUCCCUGCUCUCCGUGGUGUCCACUGCCAGUGAGACUAGUGAGCCGGAGCUGGGUCCCCCAGCAAGCACUGCUGUCGACAACAUGAGCGCAAGUUCCAGCUCUGUUGACAGCGACCCUGAAAGCACCGAGCGAGAGAUGCUCCCCAAGCUCCCGGGGGCCCUAUUCAACAUGAAUCAACUGAUAGCCAAUGAAAUCAAACUCCUGGUGGAGUGACUCCACUGGUCAAUAAUUAACCAACAAAUCCUUGUAAAACUUUCUUUUUCUUUUCUCUAUUUUUUAAAAAAACCAACUUGCAAUGCUGUUCAUAAAGAUGCUCAGGACAAUGAGGAAAAAAUUGAGUAGGAUUAGUUAGGAGAAGGCAAAGGGGAGGUAAAAAAAAAUAUCUGCUAUAAACAUGUUACUGACUUUCAUUUACAAAACUUACAAAUAGGCAGAAGAGAUGUCA